UACUAUCGAAGAUGAACUCGUUGUUGAUGAUCACUGCUUGUUUGGUCCUGAUCGGAACACUGUGGGCAAAAGACGGUUAUCUGGUGAACAAGAGCACAGGCUGUAAAUACGAGUGCUUUAAAUUGGGAGAAAACGCUUUCUGCGAUAAGGAAUGCAAAGCCAAGAACCAAGGAGGUAGUUACGGCUAUUGCUACAAGCUUGCAUGCUGGUGCGAAGGUAUGCCCGAAAGUACACCGACUUAUCCCCCUCCUAAUAGAUCAUGCGGCAGAAAAUAAUUGCAACGCCUGUUUAUUGUCCAACAACCGAAAUAUUGUUACGCUUCUUAAUUGCAAUUAAACGAAAUAAA